GAGGAACGCAAAGUUUGGGAUUGCCGGUAAAUGGACAGCCACCUAAAUGAAGGGAACCUAGGGCACGGACUUCCAUCCAACAAGAAAGGGAAAGUGCGAGCGAUUGUUCGUUUGCACGUGGCAAUGCUGCCUACCGAACUCCCCUUCACUGGGCCUCUUGUCUUGGCCUCCAUUCACCUGUCAUCGGCACGCCCCGCCACCUUUUGUAUCUCCAUCCCUCCAAAAUUAUUCCUCUUUCUUUCAAUGUCUACCCCAGAACACAAUCCACACAUCGUCUUUUGCCUUGGCAUCAGCAGGGGACUUCAACCGCUUUUCGACCCGAUCUACUUGACAGCUUUCCAGCGGACAAACCCACCCACCCACUUCACAGCAUGGCGCCUCCCCUCCAAGGCGAUACCGUCGACGAGGUCGAAGCGAGUUGGCAACGUUUAUUGCGCGUGAUAGAGACCGUGUUCAGACCGCUUUCAAAGGCGCCCGGCGUCGAAAACCUGAAAGCCGAGUGGAUCCAACUAAAGCUUCACUGGGUAGCAGCCUCGCCCGCAUGCAUUGCCGCAACUGGAGAAGAAAAGUCUGCUCGAAUUCAAGAGCAUAUCCGACAUAUCGCCAAGCAACUUGAGCUUGCGUUGGCCAAAGUUCACGAAGCUCGAGAGGAAUGGCAAGAUUUCCCAUCCGCUCCCUAUGUCCGCAACCAAUGUCGCCUUUUGGAGGUAAUCAGCAUGUGCCUGGAGAACGGAAUUUCGACACGGCAUGAAGUGCCGCCGGAGACGGAUGAGCUCGAUUGGCUCAAGAGUUAUAAGGAGGCCUUUCCAAAUGUGGUGAAGGAGUUGCGGGAGCUUAGGAACACCUGGAGGAAUCCCGGGCACCAACUUAUGGCGCAACAGACUGAGUCGGGCAUGAGGGAGACUGGGCUUGAAGAGGAAAAGGAGGUUGAUGGGUUGAAACAGAAUCUGGAGGCAGCUGAUGUCGAGAUUCACAAGGAGGAAUAGGCUUUGAACGACAGGAUCCAAAGAUGAAAGAGCUGAAAGAUGGUUUCAAGGAACAUACACGAAUAUAGACAAGUUAUGGAGGAGAUUUGGAAGAAGUCGAGCGUUUGAAGAGGUACGAUUUACGGGCGCUCAUAUUUCCUCCUAAUGCACGAUGCAAUUCAGAACUCGGAGUUCGCCCAUUGUGCAUGCAUUCCACAUAUAUGCAUAACGCACAUGAUCAAACACAUAAAGCCCGC